UUUAUAAUAAUUUUUCGGAUAAAAAAUAUUGCAACUCACAUAUGUAAUUAACCCUUCAACCUUUCUAAAGCCAUAGGGUUAGUUCUUCUUUCUUUGGUUUGUGCUCGUUAUAUACCAGGCAAAACAAUACCCUUCACAUUUCACAACCAAUCUUCGGUGAAUAGAGAAUAAGAGUUGGGUCUUAAAACUAGAAAUGGAGAUUGUACAGGAUCAAGAAAUAUCAGAACCUGUGAGUCCUUCAGGACAAUUUCUGAGCAACUCUAUUCUAUCACUCUCUAUCAUUGCUGUUAUGGAAUUCGAAGCGCCUUUUGAUGACUCCCAAGCUAUUCCAUUUCUCAAGGAUGUUUUCCUCCCUGCCAACCCUCGUUUCUCCUCCAUAAUGGUUGCAGAUGAAGAUGGAGUGAAGCGAUGGAAGAGGGUGGAAGUGAGGCUCACGGAUCAUGUAAAUUUUCCGGUUUUCACCACCGGAAUGUCAACUCAAUUUUAUGAUGAAUGCUUUGAUGAGUAUCUUUCAAAAAUGGCAAUGGAGCAGUUGCCUCAAAGCCAGCCAUUAUGGGAAGUUCACAUAAUAAAUUACCCCACAAGUCACGCAGCUAGUAACAUGAUAUUCAAGCUACACCAUUCCCUUGGUGAUGGCUUCUCUUUGAUGGGAGCUCUCCUUUCUUGUUUACAAAGAGCUGAUGCUCCUCCUCUUCCCCUCACAUUUCCUUCUGUUCAAUUACACACCAAUACGUAUGGCAGACAUUCUAGCAUGUUCCGAAAAGUGCCUAGAUUUUUCUCCUCAGUUUACAACACUGCAUCAGAUUUUUUUUCAAGCAUUAUAAAGAGUUGUUUGGUAAAGGAUGACAAAACACCAAUACGAUCAGGGCAUUCUGGAGUAGAGUUUCUUCCUGUUGCCAUAACAACAAUGGCUUUCUCUCUUGAUCAAAUUAAACAAAUCAAGGCCAAGCUUGGAGUGACAAUAAAUGAUGCGAUUACUGGAAUCAUAUUCUUGGGAGCUCGGAUGUACAUGGAAACAGUGAGCCAAGGAUCAGGCAGUGCAUGUAGUACAUCAUUGGUGCUGCUUAACACAAGAAUGGAUGGAGGCUACAAGCCAAUCCAAGAAAUGGUAAAACCUGAUGCUGAGUCGCCAUGGGGCAACCAUUUUGCUUUCUUGAACGUACGAAUCCCAAAGUUAAGAGAUGCUGAGGCUAAGAAUAAUCCCUUAAAAUUUAUCCUCAAUGCAAGAAAAAUCAUCAAGAGGAAGAGAAGCUCUUUUGGUGUUUACCUCACUGCCAAGUACCUUCAACUUGUUGCGAAAUUUCGAGGUCCAAACGGAGCAUCCAAGUACAUAUAUGGCACAAUGGAGAAUACAAGCAUGGGAAUCUCAAAUGUAAGGGGGCCAAUGGAGCAGAUGGCCUUGGCUAAUAAUCCAAUUAAUGGGCUAUAUUUUGUGGUGACAGGAGCACCUCAGAGCCUUAUGGCAGGAGUAACAAGCUAUGUGGGGAAGCUUCGGGUUGCUCUGCUUGUAGAAAAAGACUUCAUUGAUCCAAAGAAGCUCAAGUCACACAUAGAAAAAGCAUUUGAUAUGAUAUUCGAAGCUGCAUGCAGGGAAAGUACUCCACCAGCCACUUAAAGAUCCCAGCAAGCAAACAGCUUUAUUUUGUUUUUAUGAUAAUCAAGUAAUAGUAUUGAUGAAAGCUAGCCAUUUAGUGGUCGCCAGCCUUCCUAAGCAAACAGCUUUCUCAUUUAGUAGUCAUUAUUGUUGAAAGAAUAAAUAUAAUUGCGUGCCUUUGUUAUAAAA